UCAAGGACGCUUUUAAAAACGGAAGUGGUAAUUUUUCGGAUAUCCUCUGAAUUUUACCUCAGACUUCAGGUAGAGACAUAAACAUCAAGAUGGCUACAACAAAUACACAGAGUGCAACGGCACAAAAUGCACAAAACAGAAGAGCACAGGUGAUGAUAGGAGAGCUCCCUACUGACUUCCUGCGAGUGUCCUACAACAACACACAGCAACAAGUGAUGGGGGACGAACGCAUCGCUCAGAUCCUCCAAGCUCAGCAGCAAGCAGGGUUCAUGGCCCCCAUCCCAGCUAACAUACAGGGACGUCUUAGUCUAACGGUUGUACAGGCUAAACUAGCAAAGAAUUAUGGAAUAACAAGGAUGGAUCCGUAUGUCCGAAUCAGGAUUGGUCACUCUGUGAUAGAGACUCCAACAGCUUACAAUGGGUCAAAGAAUCCACGCUGGAACAAAGACAUCAAUUUGUAGGCAUU